UUUUCAAUUUUUAUUCCAGGCUUCUUUAUUAAAGAAUGAUGAAACAAAGGCUCUUACUCCAGCAUCUUUACAAAAGGAAUUGAACAACUUGUUAAAAUUUAAUCCAGACUUUGCUGAAGCACACUACUUAAGCUACUUAAAUAGCCUCAGAGUGCAAGAUGUCUUCAGCUCCACACACAGCCUCCUUCAUUACUUCGACCGUUUGAUUCUGACGGGAGCAGAGAGCAAAAGCAACGGGGAGGAGGGCUAUGGGCGGAGCCUGCGCUACGCGGCCCUCAACCUGGCGGCGCUGCACUGCCGCUUCGGCCACUACCAACAGGCCGAACUCGCGCUCCAGGAAGCCAUCCGAAUCGCCCAGGAGUCCAACGACCACGUGUGCCUGCAGCACUGCCUGAGCUGGUUGUACAUCUUGGAGCAGAAGAUAUUUGAUAGCUGUGUCCUGCUGGAGCACUCUGUCAACAAGUCUUUGCAUUUUGGUUUGCCAUACCUCGCUUCCCUGGGAAUACAGUCCUUGGUUCAGCAAAGAGCAUUUGCAGGAAAGGCUGCCAACAAACUAAUGGAUGCCUUAAAAGACUCUGAUCUGCUGCACUGGAAACACAGCCUGUCAGAGCUGAUUGACAUCAGCAUAGCUCAGAAGACUGCCAUUUGGAGGCUGUACGGCCGCAGCACCAUGGCCCUUCAACAGGCCCAAACCCUGCUGAGCAUGAACAGCCUGGAGGCCGUGAACGUGGGCGUGCAGCAGAACAACACGGAGUCCUUCGCUGUGGUGCUGUGCCACCUGGCUGAGCUCCAUGCAGAGCAGGGGUACUUUGCAGCUGCUUCUGAAGUACUGAAACACCUGAAGGAAAGAUUCCCCCCCAGCAGUCAGCAUGCACAGCUCUGGAUGCUGUUUGAUCAGAAAAUACAGUUUGAGAGAGCCAUGAAUGAUGGCAAAUACCAUAUAGCAGAUUCUCUUGUAGCAGGAAUUACAGCACUUAAUAGCAUUGAAGGCGUGUACAGAAAAGCCCUUGUAUUGAAAGCCCAAAAUCAAAUGUCAGAGGCACACAAACUUUUGCAGAAAUUGUUGAUCCACUGCCAGAAGAUGAAGAACACUGAGAUGGUGAUUCGUGUGCUGCUGUCAAUAGCAGAGCUCUACUGGAGGUCUUCAUGCCACACCAUAGCACUGCCUGUCCUGCUGCAGGCUCUCGCCCUCUCCAGAGAAUACAGCCUGCAGUACUUGGCCUCCGAAACGGUGCUGAACUUGGCUUUCUCCCAGCUGAUCCUUGGCAGGCCUGAACAAGCCCUGAAUAUUCUGCACAUGGCAAUAGAACCUGUCCUGGCCCACGGAGCUGUCCUGGACAAAGGCUGCGCCAUGUUCUUGGUGGCCAAAUGUCAGGUGGCUUCUGCAGCUUCUUACACUCCAGAAAAGAAGACUGAAGCUUUGGAAUCUGCUAUCCUGAACCUAAAUGAAGCCAAGACUUACUUUGCCAAGGUGGACUGCAAAGAGCAGCUCAGAGACGUUCUCUACUUCCAGGCACGGCUGUUCCACACCCUGGGCAGGACCCAGGAGAGGAACAAAUGUGCCAUGUUGUUCCGUCAGCUGCACCAGGAUCUGCCAGCACAUGGUGUCCCCUUAAUCAAUGCCUUCAAGUGAUGGGUUUGAAGAUGAGAUUGGUUUGGGUUUCUGUUUUGGUUUUUUUUUUGUUUUACAAAUGUCUUUUUAUUAUAUUCAGUCAUCCGUGUUUCGAAAUAACGGCCAAUAAAUGGUGAUCUCCUG